UUCCGAUCAAUCCGGAAGUGAGCAAGGCCAGCUGAGUGUGAGUGAGCGUCGCGCUGUGAAGCGUCCGCCGCGUCUCCUUGUGCUGCUUUUAUAAGUGUCCGUUUCCGAAUUUAAAAUACAUUUACUCGUCCCGAUGUCUACUUUGUGCUACAACAAGGGCUGCGGCCAGCGAUUCGACCCGGACAACAACCCAGACGGCGGCUGCACAUACCACCCCGGCGUCCCAGUGUUCCAUGACGCACUGAAGGGAUGGUCCUGCUGCAAGAGACGGACCGUUGACUUCUCCGACUUUCUCAGCAUCGCGGGCUGCACGAAAGGCCCCCACAACAAAGAGAAACCCCCCGAGCCGGUGAAGCCUGACGUGACCUCGUCGAAAGAGAAGAAAAACAGAGACGAGCAGAAGCCCAAAUUUAGCGAGUACAUCAUCACCGCGCCGAAGCCUCAGGAGGCCAUUUGCAGACCCAGUGCCGACGAGCCCGUGGUGAGGUUGCAGCACAAAGUGUCUUCUUCCCUCAAGCAAGCGCUGGAGAAGCUCAAGCUGACUGACAACUCGCAUGCACUGAAACAAGAAGACGACAGCGACGAGGUCAAGAUUGGCACAUCCUGCAAAAACGGAGGAUGUACUAAAAGCUACGAUGGCCUGGCCAGUGACACUGACGCGUGCUUCUUUCACUCUGGAUUUCCAAUCUUUCAUGAAGGGAUGAAGUACUGGAGCUGCUGUAAGAAGAAAACCUCUGACUUCAACUCCUUCCUCUCCCAGGUGGGCUGCACUGAGGGCCAACACCUGUGGAGGAAAAAGGACGAGGGCAAGAAGGUGGUGCCAUGUCGAUUCGACUGGCACCAGACUGGCUCGCAGGUCAUCAUCUCCAUCUACGCCAAGAACGCCGUGCCCGAGCUGAGCUACGUGGACGCCAACAGCACCACGUUGCACAUCCACGUGGUCUUUGAGGGCGAGAAGGAGUUUGAGCAGAAGAUCAGCCUGUGGGGGGUGAUAAACGUGAGCCAGAGCGCAGUCAACAUGAUGGCGGCUAAGAUCGAGGUGGCCCUGAGAAAGUCGGAGGCCAUGUCGUGGGCUCGCCUGGAUCUGCCGCCGCCUGUAGCGCCACCCACGCAGGACCACGAGAAAAAAAUAGACGCCGCUGACAGUGAUAGCAACGAUGAGGAGAACGAAUGAGAGGACGCGAAAACUUUGGAACUUUUGCACUCAUAUUUUCAUUAUUCCUGAACUUGAAUAGGCACAUAAUGCCAGGUGAUGUCAUGCUGGACGACCACAUUUCUGCUUGACUUUCAGCCCACUUUUUUUUCCCAUUCCAGUCAAAAUUUCAAAGAGGUUGGUGAAUCAUGCUUAAAGCCAAAUAAAAUGUUAAAAGAA